UUUGUUUUCAUUGUCGUUUGGCAUUCGUAAAUAAUAAACAAUUUCUAAAGAUUUUUGAUUAAAACCAAUUCAAAUGAGUAUGGAGGCAACACGUCAGAGCAUCCUCGAUAUGGCUUGCGCAGGAGCUGACAAAAAGGCCAUUGCCAAGCUCACGGGGGCCAAUAUCACCACUGUCAGACGUGUGAUCAAUGCAAGACUUGGAUCCAAAGAUGUCAGCCGGAAGUCCCGAAAGCCAAUAAAGUCAAAAAAGAGGACCAAGAAAUUUAUCAGGGCCGUUAAGACCGAAAUCGACAAGGACCCAACCAAGUCCAUGAGGAAGAUGGCAAAGAAGUUUGGUUGUGAUGAGAAGACAAUCCGGACCACUGUCAAAGACGACCUUGGAAUGAAGUCCCUGACACGUCCUCCACGUCAACUCAUCACUGAGAGGGUCAGGGUCCUUCGCCUGCAAAGAUGUCAAACCAUUCUGUCAUGGAUGAAAAGGCAGGAUCUUUACCAGCUCCGGUAAACCGGACCAAGCAUCCUCAAGGAGUCAUGGUGUUGGGCAUCAUUGCCAGCAACGGCCUCACCUGCCCGCCCAUUUUCAUUGAAGCUGGACUCAAGGUCAAUCAAGAGGUUUAUCUUAAUCUUUUAAAAUCAAAGGUCAAACCAUGGCUUAAGAGGAACUUCCCAUACAACAAUUACGUGUGGCAGCAGGAUGGGGCCCCUGCCCAUACCGCUCUCAAGACCCAGGAGUGGCUGGCAGCAAACUUGGCGGAAUCCUGGGACAAGACGAUGUGGCCUCCUUCUAGUCCUGACUUAAAUCCAUUGGAUUAUUCCAUCUGGAGCGUUUUAGAGGCCAAGGCAUGUUCCACCCCUCACAGAAGUGUUGGGGCUCUAAAGGUCUCGAUCCGGAAAGCCUGGAGAUCCAUGUCCAAGGAGUACAUCGUGUCAACAUGCAAAGCAUUCAGACGUCGUGUUGAAGCAGUCAUUAAAAAUCAAGGAGGACAUAUAGAAUAAAGUUUCCUCAUUUUGAAUAGAUCUUGAAUUUUUAUGUCAUUCUUUAAUGCCAAAAGUUUGUCAGAGAUGCUCUGUUGAGCAAUUAAAUACUUACAUUACAAACGGGCAUUUGAAGUUCCGCACCCUGUACCCAGCCAUCAAUGGAGUUGUCUUUUUAAAUAUUUAAUUU